GAUGUGGAACUAGGAACUAGAAGUCCCGUUGUCUGUGAAACAUCACUAUCUUGAAAUUUGGUGUCAGUGUCAGAAGUCUAGGUAUUGGAGUUAGUCUGAGUUCUCUCGUUAGAAAGUUUUACUAGCACGUAUUAUAUUCUUCUUAUUCAACACAUAGGAGUUCAUCUUUAAAGAUGAAAAAAAUGGGACACUCAUCCCUUAUUUUUCUUGGAAUAGUUUUUAUAUCUGCUUGUAGAGGAGCUACAGAUGAAAAGAAUAAAGAUGUUGGUACUGUUGUAGGAAUAGAUCUUGGAACAACAUACUCAUGUGUUGGUGUGUACAAGAAUGGAAGGGUUGAAAUUAUCGCCAAUGACCAGGGAAACCGAAUCACGCCUUCAUAUGUAGCUUUUACAAAUGAGGGGGAGCGUUUGAUUGGAGAUGCUGCCAAGAACCAGUUGACAACAAAUCCAGAAAAUACUGUCUUUGAUGCCAAGAGAUUGAUUGGCAGAGACUGGAGUGAUGCAACUGUGCAGCAGGACAUCAAGUUUUUCCCUUUUAAGGUGAUAGAGAAAAACAGCAAGCCACACAUUCAGGUUGCAACAGCACAGGGCACUAAAGUCUUCGCUCCUGAAGAAAUUUCAGCUAUGGUUCUUGGCAAGAUGAAGGAGACUGCUGAAGCCUACUUGGGAAAGAAGGUAACACAUGCUGUUGUAACUGUACCUGCCUACUUCAAUGAUGCCCAGAGACAGGCUACCAAGGACGCGGGAACUAUCUCCGGCCUGGUCGUUAUGAGGAUCAUCAACGAGCCCACGGCCGCUGCUAUUGCGUAUGGCUUGGACAAGAGGGAGGGAGAGAAGAAUGUGUUGGUCUUUGAUCUGGGUGGUGGUACUUUCGAUGUGUCUCUCCUAACCAUCGAUAAUGGUGUAUUUGAGGUGGUAUCUACUAAUGGAGACACUCAUUUGGGUGGAGAAGACUUUGAUCAGAGGGUCAUGGAUCACUUCAUUAAGUUGUACAAGAAGAAGAAGGGCAAGGAUAUCAGAAAAGAUAACAGAGCUGUGCAGAAACUGAGACGAGAGGUUGAGAAGGCCAAACGUGCCCUUUCAUCCAGCCAUCAAGUCAGGAUUGAGAUUGAAAGCUUCUUUGAGGGUGAUGAUUUCUCUGAGACUCUGACCAGAGCCAAGUUUGAAGAACUGAACAUGGAUUUGUUCAGAUCAACCAUGAAGCCUGUACAGAAAGUUUUGGAAGAUGCGGACAUGAACAAAAAGGAUGUCGAUGAAAUUGUUUUGGUUGGUGGUAGCACACGAAUCCCCAAAGUCCAACAGUUGGUGAAGGAAUUUUUCAAUGGAAAAGAACCCUCAAGAGGAAUUAACCCUGAUGAAGCCGUGGCGUAUGGAGCGGCAGUGCAGGCAGGAGUACUGUCAGGAGAACAGGACACAGAUGCCAUUGUACUCUUGGAUGUCAACCCUCUCACCAUGGGUAUCGAAACUGUGGGUGGAGUUAUGACCAAGCUCAUCCCCAGGAACACCGUCAUCCCAACUAAGAAAUCUCAGAUCUUCUCGACAGCUUCAGACAACCAACACACAGUCACUAUUCAGGUUUAUGAGGGAGAACGGCCCAUGACAAAAGAUAACCAUUUACUAGGAAAGUUCGAUCUGACUGGAAUCCCUCCUGCCCCCAGAGGAGUGCCCCAGAUUGAAGUUACCUUUGAAAUUGACGCCAACGGUAUUCUUCAGGUGUCUGCUGAAGACAAAGGAACUGGAAACCGGGAAAAGAUUGUCAUCACUAAUGAUCAGAACAGGCUCACACCUGAUGACAUUGAGAGGAUGAUCAAGGAUGCUGAGAAGUUUGCAGAUGAUGACAAAAAACUGAAAGAAAGAGUUGAAGCAAGGAACGAACUAGAGUCUUAUGCAUAUUCUCUCAAGAACCAGCUCGGUGACAAAGAAAAGCUAGGUGCCAAGGUUAGUGAAAGUGACAAGGCAAAAAUGGAAGAAGCAAUUGAUGAGAAGAUAAAGUGGUUAGAAGAUAACCAGGAUUCAGAAGCAGAAAAUUACAGGAAACAGAAGAAGGAGCUAGAAGACAUUGUACAGCCCAUCAUCGCCAAACUGUACCAGGGAGCGGGUGGAGCACCACCUCCAGCGGGCGGAGAUGAAGACGAUGUCAAGGAUGAGCUUUGAAGACUGCACAUACGAUUAGUGUAAUUUUGACAUUUAAACUGUGUUCCUUUGUCUAACAGCGGAAUUGUGUGAAAUUGGUUUACAGUAUUUCAUCCCGACUGUAUGUAAUGUUUUAUAAGAUGAAACAUUUAUCAUCAUUUCCCCCCUCUCUCUUUUUUAAGUCAUUUUGUACAGAUAAAUAGACUCGAAACUGUAGAUGAAUAUAUUAGUUAUGUUUUGUUAUUUAUUUUGUAUGAAGACUGUGACUCGACAGGUAUAAUAACACAUCUCCAAACAUUUUGUAUUUAUUUUGUUGUCAUUAUAUCUGUCGAUAUAAACCCUCAGUUUGUAUGAAGUGUGUGGUCUUGUAUGUAUGUCGGUGAUUUAGUAAAUAGUUUUUUGUAAACUGA